UGAAUUUUUUGUGUUAUUGCUGAAAAAACAAGACAUGUCCAUGGACAUUCUUGGGGAUGAUGUGUGGGAGUAUAAUGCUCCACAGUAUGUUGAUUUUGCAGCUGGUGAAGAUGAUCCCAAUGCCGACGCAUGGUUUGAUCAGCAAAAUGAACAUGGCAACAAUCCAGCACUAAAAGAGGAUGUUUGUGCAACACCCCCAGUUGAGAAUCGCAGAUUAACAAGAUCCAUGUGUGCCACUCCUCAAAAUGAAAAAAACUUACCAGAAGCAACAGAAAAGAAAAAAACACCUGCCAAAAAGUUAGAUACCCCGUCUAGAAGUGUUGCUACAAAAACUGACGGAUCAAAAACCACAGAUAAUAACAUUGAUGGAUUGAAAACCACAGACGAUAAAAAAAAAUCUGCCAUGCCAUUGAAACAAGCACCGGUGUCUAAGAGCACACCAGACACGAGGGGAAGAUCACGAUCAUUAAAGCGAACCAAUUCAAUGAGAGUGGUCAAUCCCACUGAGCUUCAUAAGAGGAGAUCAGCGGAUCCUGUGAGGGUUCCCGUGAUUCCCUCAGCAGAUAAACCACCAGAAAAGACAGUUUCUAAUCCUAUUAUCAACAAAGCUAAAUCAAUGAUUAGAAGAAGUGCUUCACGGGUACAGGAUGGUCCCAAGGAACCACGGGAGCGUACCCGGUCUAUUGAUGGUGCUGUCCAUUCUAGAACACAGUCUACUACCUCAAGCGGUCCCUGUAACAAUACAUCACAAAAUGAAGUUGCAGCUCCCACCUCCAAGAUGCCAAAAUUAACUGUACCCACAACUCCAACUUUCAUGAGGAGAAAACCCAUAGGAAAGACUGAAAAAGUCAAGACUUCUGAAGAAAAGCAGCUGGAAGAAAUUGCCAAUAUUAAAGCGGAAUUCAACAAAAGGAAAAAAAUGACACAGAAAUCAUAUCAAACAGCUAUGAAGUCUACAGGUGUUGUGCCUGUGCAUUCCAAAAUGGAACCCACAAAACCAGAGCCCAUCCACUUUGAGACUGACAGUCGCAUAAAAUCUCACCCCACCAACAACAACAGUGCUGAUAAAAAGGUGGAUUUUGUCCGCAUUCUAAGAUCAAACUCCAGGGGAAGAUCACCGGCUCCUGCAGAAAGAGUGCCCACUAAACCUCAGCCAUUUAAACUUUCUGAGGGAAGAAAACGAAAAGCAGAUACUGAUUCAGAAACUUAUAAAAGUAUGGCAGAACAGCUAGUUACCUUCCAUAAACAAACACCUGAUAGAUUUCAUUCUCACUCCAAAAAAGUGCCUGAGAAAACAAAGAGUCUUCACUCUCGCUCUCCUGUGCCUGGACUCACCGUGCCAAAAACUCCUAACUUUGAAUCUACAAGCCGUUCUCGUCCUGUACUUGUUCCAAGUCAAAAGGACCUAGAGGAAAAAGAGAUUGAGGAAAUGAAAAAGAAUCAAUUUAAAGCACACCCUGUGAACAAAAAGAUCCUGAGUAAUCCCAAUACUGGUGUGAAAAAGGUGACCCCAAAGCCUGUUACAAAGUUUGAGGAGUUUGAAUUUGAAGGUGGCAGAAGACCUCACAACAAUAGCAUGAAAAGAGACAAAGAGGAGAAAUAUGAAUUCCACGCUCAGCCUGCACCAAAGAAAAUCUUAGAAGGACCAGUGGGGAUUAAGCCAGUCAAGUCGCUUCCAGUGACCCUCCCUCAGUCCCCUGCCUUUUGCCUCCGACAGCGUGUGCGGCUCCCCAUGCCCAAAGAGGAAGAGGAGGAGGUGUCUAAGGUGAUGAAGAGUCAUGCAGUGCCUCAUGUUGGAGUACCUUUCCAGCCAAUUUUGAAUCAUAAAAGUACAAUCCCUGAGCCAUUCACAUUUGAGGAAAGAGAUAAACUUGCGAUGGCAAAAAAGCAAGAGAAAAUUGAGGAGAUUUAUGAGGAGGAGAGGAAGGUAAUGCGAGAAUUUCAUGCCCAGCCUUUACCUGUUGGAGAGGAUGCACUGCCUCUCAAGAAAACCAAACCAGCGACGAUCCCAGAACCAUUUCAUUUGGAGGCUGAUGAGAGAGGAGCAAAGAGACUUCAAGAAUUCAGUCAUAAGGUUGAAGAAGAAAACAAGCAGUUAAAGGCACAGGCAAAAUUUAAAGCCCACCCUGCCAAAGUAGUCCAUCAAGAACCAUUCUGUCCACAAAAAUCUACCAAACCUCUCACAGAUAUCAGUGGAUUUGAACUAAACACAGAACAUAGGUCACAGAAAAGAGAAAAUUUUGAAAUGUAUAAAAAGGCUAGAGAAGCACAACUUGAAGCAGCCAAGCGUGAGAUAGAACGCCAGAAAGAGGAGGAAGAAAAGGCCGCUGUUGCUAAAAUGAGGGCAGAUGCCGUUCACAAACCACAGCGAAUUAAGCGGUACAAGUCAGUGGAAGUCUUACCAAGUGAUAGGCCUAUAACAAUAGCCGAGUCCCCAAAUUUUGAAACGGACCGUAGACUAAGGAGCAAAGUCGAUAACCUCUCUCAUAACAAGUUUUAAUAAUUGAAAUGGUACAUGUUGACUUGCUUGACUAUGUACAAUACAUGUACU